UUGGAAAAGUAGGCAGUUUUUGAUUCUUCGUUUGACUUCAUUUCUCUCAUUAAUUCAAUGGCGGACACAAGAGUUGCAGUUGUUACUGGUUCGAACAAAGGGAUAGGGUUAGAGAUUUGCAGGCAACUAGCUAAAAAUGGGAUAACUGUGAUUCUCACUGCGAGGGAUGAGAAAAAGGGUCUUGCUGCUGUCGAAAAGCUCAUGACAGAGAAGAAUGGUUUUUCUGAUCAAUCCAUCUCCUUUCACCUACUUGAUGCUGGUGCACCUACUGAUUUUUCCAAGAUAAUGAGCGAUACAUAUGAGAUUGUCGAGGAGUGUGUUACUACAAACUACUACGGCGUCAAACGAAUGUGUGAGGCUAUGAUUCCUCUGCUUCAGUCUUCUGCUUCCCCAAGAAUCGUCACCAUCGCUUCUACCAUGGGAAAGUUAGAGAAUGUGUCAAAUGAGUGGGCAAAAGGAGUGCUGAGUGAUGCUGAGAAUCUAACAGAAGAGAAAAUAGACGAAGUGAUGGAUGAGUAUCUCAAGGAUUACAGACAAGGCUCAUUACAAGACAAAGGUUGGCCAACAGUAAUGUCUGGGUACAUACUAUCAAAAGCUGCGGUGAUGGCAUUGACACAAGUGUUGGCUAAGCGAAACAAAUCAAUGAUCAUCAACAGUGUUUGUCCUGGUUUCGUCAAGACAGAUAUCAAUUUCAACACUGGGAUUUUAAGCGUUGAACAAGGUGCAGCGAGUCCAGUGAAACUGGCUUUGGUCCCUAAUGGAGACCCAUCUGGUCUCUUCUAUGAUCGCGCUAAUGUCUCCAAUUUUUGACUUUUGUCAACAUCCUUCCUUCCUUCCUUCCACGUGUGUUGGGUCUUUGUAUAUUGUUGUUGUAUUGUACCCCAUCUAAGUGUAGUAGAAAAUAAAGUGAACCAGAAACUUUUAGAGUAUCAGACGAACAUAUAUAUAUACUGUAUGUACCAGAUUUGUAGUUUUCCUUUUCACUAGUAAGUAAUAAUACACUA